AUGGAUGAUGAGGAAGAGUUGAUGGAUAUUGUGGCUGCCAGAAGCUGGGGUGACAACAUAGAGGCAAAGCUCAGAAAGCUGGAAAGGCUUGAAUCGGAAGCGAAACAGAGAGAGCAAGCAACGGGGGAGCAAAAGGGAAGGUCAUUCCGGUCAUCAUGGCAGCAUCCCAGCACAACAGGCAACAACUCUACGGGAGAGGAAAUCAGAGAAGAAGAAAAGGAAGACCAUGCCUUUAUUUUGAAGGUAGUACAAGAGCAAAUAAAGAAUCAUCGUCAAGUUACCAGCGAAACUCCUGCAGCAGAUGCUGAUCUAGAUGACGAGCUUGCUUUCUCGCAACCAAGGUUGACAAGUGGGCAAAAUCAGUCACAUGAUGAUGCCAUGCAUCCAGGAGCAUAUGCAGCGGCCCCCGGGACUGAUCUCCAGAGAACCACAACACUCAGCCGUUCAUUGGUGGGGGCUACUUCUUCUUCUCAUGAGCUGUCUGUUGCUGAUGGAGAGCUCGGAAUGCCAAGCACAAACGCAAGGAAUCAAAGUAUGGCAGAUGACCAAGCCACCACUCCAACCGACGAUAUUGAUGGAUUGGUCGUGGCGAACCAGGUGGAAGAGAAUGAAGAACCUACACAGAUUGCUAGGCUGGAUCAUUCGCAUGGGAAAAACCGAUCAACCACAAUGACUCUCCUGAUCUCUGUACUCAUUGGCAGUCUUCUCAUGGUUGGAGUGAUUGUUGGUUCCGUCUGUGGAGCUGGUCUCUGCAGCAACAAAGAAGGUGAUGUGGAGACUCAGGCUCCCACUUCCUUUCGGUAUUUUGUUUUGGAGGACAUUCAGAACAGAAUUGAAGAGGCUUUUGGACCCGAUUAUUUUCCCGAAAACGAUGAGCCAGAACCCACCCAGCCAAAGUUCAAGGCUCUUGAUUGGAUUGUGUUUGAGGAUCCUCUGCAGCUCAACCCAGAUGCCAACAAUGUUCUACAGAGGUUCAUUGUGGUAUUGACUUACUUUCAAACAUCCCAAGUGAGCGAUUGGCUUCAUUGUGGGCCAUCUACAACUGCAAACGAUGCAUCAUGCAGGAUUGAAUAUUUUAGUUCGGAUUUAUUGGGAAGUUGGUGGCUCACGGGUGUUCAUGAAUGUCAAUGGGCAGGAAUUCUUUGCGACAGAGAAAAGAACAUUACGGAGUUGGUGCUGUCGAACAAUGGAUUGAACGGCCCUUUGCCCAUAGAACUUGCAAGUCUUCCCACACUGGAAUCAAUAAAUUUUAUGGUGAACCAACUGACAGGCAACAUUCCAAGCAUAUAUGGAAGCUUUCUUUCCCUUUCUACACUGAUUCUCUCCCACAACGAGCUCUCUGGAAGUAUUCCUGUGGAAUUGUUUGGAAACAAACUCUCCUCCUUAUCUUUCGCAAACAAUUCACUAACCGGGACACUGCCCACAGAAGUUGGACUCUUUGAUGGGACUGUCCUUCAAUUUGGUUCAAACAGCUUGUCUGGUUCCAUUCCCACAGAGCUCUUUCAAGCUAGAAGAGGAAACCGUCUUGAUCUCUUUUUUGAAAACAAUGAGGUUUGGCAACCUUUUCUCGAGAACCGAUCCUCAGUGAUCUUCAACUUUUGGUCAAGAGCCUGA